CUGCCAGUCAGAUGUUGCUAGCUUUGUGUCCCAAGGAGAAAUGAUAGCAGCAGAAGCAGAGAGCUGAGAAGAACAGAGUUUUGCCCAGUUGCGGUGUGAAUUUCAGAUAAAGUUGCUGACAUCAUGAGUGACUCAGGAAGUUUAUUUGGUGAUGUUCACAAGCCCAGUGCCAGAGCCAUAUAUGAACAGAGGAAGAAGUAUUCCAACUUCAUUGUGGCAGAUGUCUCUCAGUAUGCUGUCAAUCACCUGGUGACCUUCUCCAUUGGGGAAGAGGACGAUUUGACAUCUGUGGAGGAUGCUAUCAGAAAACUAUGCAUCAUGGAUAAGCAAGGGAAGAUCUGGGUUCAGGAGAUGUUGCUUCAGGUCAAUGGGUCAGCUAUCAAGCUCCUUGACAUAAACUCAAAGGAGGAACUGGAGAAUUAUGCAUUGCCAACAGUGGCUUAUUGUGAUGCUGUCUGCCCUGAGUCCCGUUCCCGAUCCUUGCUUGUACUCAUGUGCCAGGAAACUACUCAGCUCAGACCGGAUAUUCACUUCUUUGAGUGUGAACAAAUUAGGGCGGAAUGGAUCCAGCAAGAUAUCAGCAGUGCCCUGCUGGAUUUCAACACAGGAGGAAAUAGCCAACGUAUGGAAGCCUUGAGAGCUGCCCAAAACAUGCUUGAUAAUCAGGAGGUCUUCUCUCAGCCUCCUAUGCAGGUUCCUUCUAGGACAAAGAUUGUUGCACCAGGGCCAAGAGAAGAUGCCAUCUUGGUAGGGGAACCUGAUCUGGCCAUCAUCCAAAUAGAGCAAAAUGUGGAACUGCUGAAUCGAGUUUUUGACGAUGUGGAAGCCUUUGUGAGAAAGCUGCAGAAAUCUGCAGAAGCCUUCCGUGUCCUGAAUCAAUGCAGGCGAUCUGCGAGAGGGCGCCUUCGAGAGCCUGGAGAGGGACUCUUAACCAUUAGAGCAAAACCCCCAUCCCAAGCGGAGUUUGAAGACACUCUGUCCAAGAUCAAAUAUUCCUUUAGCCUUCUGGCAAGGCUGAAAUCCAACAUUACAUGCCCUACUUCAGAGGAGUUAAUAUGUAUUCUUUUCAAACCCUUGAAGAUGAUUGUGGACUCUUCUGGGGGUGUGGAAUUUGCUUCUGAAUUGCGCAAUCCCCUGAUAACUCUAGAGGCAGUGGCUUUGAUGAGAAGCUGCUUAGGAGAAUGGGAAACAGAACUGUGGCAUUCUCUGGGUGAAAAUUGGACUAAGCCCAGGGUGGAUUUCCCCAGAGGCUAUGCAGCUCCCUACAACCUAACCUUUUGCAGUGGCUGGGAGCCUCCUAUCCAAGAUGCUUUUGGAAAACCUUGGGAAGACCCAGUAGAGAUGCAACACCGGCAUGAAGAACGCCGUAACCAGCAAUCGGCUCCCACAAUUGCAGCCAAUGGGUGCAAACAUUUAGAGAAGAAAUCAGUGAUCUGCACCCACAAUUUCACAGCCAGAAACAGCAAUGAACUGUCGGUGCUUCAAGGAGACAUAUUAGAGGUUCUCGAUGAUAGUAAGAAGUGGUGGAAAGUCAAGAAUUGUUAUGGUCAAGUUGGUUACAUCCCUUAUAAUAUUCUUGCUCCAGUGCUGAACGGAAAUCAUUCCAGUAUCCAGAAUGACAAGGAAAUGCUUGUAAUCCAUGAAAUCACACCUAUAAUAACAAAGAUAACACCAUCUCAGCCACCAGUCAAGACCAAAAAUCUACAGUCCAAUGGUGUAAAAUGGGCCAGCAUGGAGGACAUUAACAUGGACCACGGCAAGAAAGAUCACUUCACCAUUGUCAAUGAGGAGCUCGUCCUGAGGCUGGCCAAUGGGACAAGUGGCGGUAGUAAGACUCUUCACAUCCCACGUACUCUGGAUACUGAUGUGCCUUUAGACUACAGUUCAAAUUCUGAUCAAGUCCGGACCUGGUUGGAGGCCAAAGGGUUCAAUCCAUUGAUUGUCAAUGCCUUGGGAAUUCUGAAUGGCGCUCAGCUCCUUGCCUUGCAAAAGGAUGAGUUGAGAGCUAUCAACCCAGAAGAAGGACCUCGAGUUUACAGCCAGGUUACCAUCCAAAAAGCCCUCCUAAAGGAUUCUGGGAAAAUGUCAGAGCUAGAGGCUGUAAUGGCAAGACAAAAAAGAAAGGCAGAAGGACUGGACUAACAGAGCUCUUUUUUUGUGAGGUGGUGUGACUUUGCUAAAAAAAUGUGGAAAUGCCAGAUCUUUCAAUAAGAUCAGAAUCUACAUUGUGUAGGGAGAUCAGCAUGGAAGAAUUGGUUAUAAUUGUUACUAUGGGUGUUUUAUAUUCUUGAUUUGCUAUAAAGAAGAGAAACCUACUGGUAUCCCCAGUUUCAUGGAACAAUCUUCUAACACUCUCCCUAUUUUUUAAUCCUCAAUUUUUUUAAAAAUAAAGAAAAAAAAUGUCCUAUAGGAUCUACACUAUCUCCAUUUUGGAACAAUUUGCUUAUCUUCUUGUAGAAUUAUCUCUCAAUCUCUCAGUAGGAAAAUACAAAUAUGAUAUAGUGCAUGCUAUCAUCCAUUCAAUUUUCAUUUUUUCAUUAAACAUCAGCCUGGAUAUUGUUGAAUAGAUUUUUUUUCCCAGUUGUAUGUCUCGUGAACUAUGCAUGUAAAUCUACAUAAAAACAAUAAUUUUAUACACAGUUUAUUUACUCCAAUUCACGGAACAUCAUCAGAAUUGUAGUCAGAGUUCUUGCCUGCAUGUUCAGUGAGUGACAUUUUGCAACUCUUUGAACUUUUAAAAUAGAUCAUCCUGUCUAGCCAAAAUGACUCCACCUGGUUUUUUUUUAUAUGUUCCUGUGAAAUAAUAGAUCAGCAUAAAAAAAUACUAAAUACUCUAAGGAAGUAUGUGUCAUAAAAAAUGACUAAUUAUUAUUAUGAGUUGCUUAAAAUUCAGAGGCCUUUGUUCUCACAGAACAAUACAUUUUUUGGUCACUAGGUGGCAGUCGGCAGCCUCUAAGCUAAGGGCAAACCAAGCUACAAAUAAUUUCCCUGCAAAUCAAAAAGAUUUAGCCAGAUUUUUAACAGCUCUUCUUUUCCUAUUGUUCUGAAAGCAUUUUUAUAAAGAAAAUGAACUGAAUCAGCUGCUUUGAAGGAAAAUGUGAUGUUACAACUUUUAAAAAAAGAUUUUAUGAUAAAAUGGGGCCAUUUGACUUGAAAAUUGCUGUGCUGAGGUUUCAUUAUGUGUGUAUUUGUGUAUGUGUAUAUUAGCUAACUAUUUAAUUGGCUCUUUUUUCCAAUCGUUUUCUCACAAUUUGAUGGACACAUGUUGAACAAAAGCACCAUAUUUUUGAUUACUAUGCUACUAAGGCCGUUUUUCUUAUAAGUUUCUUGAAUUCAGUUUUAUCCCUAAAUCGACUAGCAGUUCUCCACAAAUUGUUUACUCCAAGCUGCCAGUAAGAUUAAUGUUUUUGUGGAAGAGAAAGGUUUGGAUGGUAAAAAUCACUGUAAGCUGCUUUCCCAUAAUAAAUCUAAUGCAAGAAAUAUUUAUUUUAUAUGAAAUUGCUGUUUCCUCCAAAAUAAGAUAUCCCCUGAUAAUUAGCCCAAUCGGGCUUUUAAACACAUGGCAAUAAGGCCAAGCGCUUAUUUCAGGAUUCAAAAGAAGUAUAAGGCAGGGUCUUAUUUUCAAGGAAACAUGUAUUUGUUUUAAAAAGAUUAAUUUUUAAAACUUUUUUUUUUUAAAAAAUGAAAUUGAUUUUGAAAGCUCUCUCUAGAACAGGGUCCCUAGUUAGGUGGCCCAUUAGGCCAAGUGGGUUUCUGAGCAGUAUGUAGAUCUCUCAGGAAAUAACAUUUUAAACAACAUUUGUAAGGCCAGAAAUUCUGUUAUCUGGGUGCUUUGCAGGAGAGCAUCAUUGUAGAAGGACUAAGAAUCAAUCCCAAGAUUAUCUAUUUCUUUUGGGGGCACUGAUGAAUCCAAUAUAGAUAGUCCUCCACUUACAAUAGUUCAUUUAGUGACCAUUCAAAGUUACAACCGCACUGAAAAAAAAUGACUUAUGACUGUUCUUCACACUUACGACCAUUGCAGCAUCCCUGUGGUCACGUGAUCAAAAUUCAAAUGCUUGGCAACUGAUUCACACUUAUGACAGUAUCCCAGAGUCACAUGAUCCCUUUUUACGACCUUCUUACAAGCAAAGUCAAUGGGAAAGCCAGACUCACAUAACAACCUUGUUGCUAAUUUAACAGCUGCACUGAUUCACUUAGCAAAGGUGGCAAGAAAGGUCAAUAAAGUGGGGCAAAACUCACUUAACAAAAGUCUCACUUAGCAACAUAAAUUUUGGCCUCAAUGAUAGUCAUAAGCUGAGGACUACAUGUAAGGGGUUUCAGUUUAGUUUGCACCCAGCAAACUUAGCGCAGUCCAAAAAAACCACACAGGAGACCAUGUCUCAUUAGUAACUAAUUAAAUUUGCAUAUUUUAUGUUUCUGAUUUAUUUUCUCCAGACUUCCUAAGAGGCCAACUUUGUUUGUUUGUUGUAGUGGGACAUGAUGGAAAUGCAGUAUCUCUUAUUGAUUCAGGACUUGCAGAGAUUUUAUGGAAGACAUUGUUAAUUAUAUUAAAAUCUGUAAAUAAAUUUUUCGAACAAUAACCUGCCUCAUGAUACAUUUCCAGUUAUGCAUGCAAGCAAUGAAUACUAAUGGCAACUGAUGCAAGUACACCGAUCCAUUAAUCUCAUUAGGAUUUUCAUUGACCGUUUAUUGACAUACUGAUGUGUUCAUUUCACCCAGUAGAAAUAGUCUUCUGGACUGAUCUGUUUUAGUGGCAGAGUUUCAGUUGUAU